AUGAGUGCCGAUUGGGGACCAGUUGUUGUAGCAGUGGUUUUGUUCAUCCUAUUGUCACCGGGUCUAUUAUUCCAGCUACCAGCAAGGAUAAGGGUGGUAGAAUUUGGGAACAUGAGCACAAGUGGAAUCUCCAUUCUGGUUCAUGCUGUAAUAUAUUUUUGCAUAAUCACUAUCUUGAUAAUUGCAGUUGGUAUCCAUAUACAUGUUAAAUGAUUGCAAUACAACUACUCAGCCAAGGUUGGCUUCUCUCUCUCUA